AUCUUGCUUAAGAUGGACGAAGAACCGUUCUUUUCCAACACAGGGACACAAUCAUUAAACAUGGAACCUUCCGAUUUGUGUCCGUUCGUUUAUAAUGCUCUGGUGGAUCCCACGUCAGAGUUCAGAGUCCUGCGUCUGGAGCCUGCACAGCAUGGCGAGCCUAUCAGCGGUAACUUGGAGACUGUUGCGGGAAAUUUCCGUCCACAUUACUCGGCUCUCUCUUAUACAUGGGGUCCCAAGAGUGAUGGCAAGGUCAUUACCAUAGACGGCCAUGCCAUGGCCGUCACGUCGAAUUGCGAGUCCGCCCUACGUCAUAUUAGAAAGACAGCGGAAUCGACGAUGAUAUGGGUUGAUGCAAUCUGCAUCGACCAAGAGAACAUGCCAGAGAAAGGCGCCCAGAUAAAUCAAAUGCGCGAGAUAUACACGCAAGCCUCUGAUGUGAUCAUUUGGCUCGGCGACCAGCUGGCAGAUGCGUCUUUAGCUUUUGAGACCCUCCGACACAUCAGUGAACUCGGUAAAUACAAUGCACAAGAAGCUACUUCAAGGACUGUAGGCACCGCUGAAGGAUGGCAGGCUGUCGAGAACCUGUUCAGACGAGAAUGGUUCGAGAGAAUCUGGGUUGUCCAAGAAGUUUCGCUGGCAAAGAUGAUCAACAUUCGGUGCGGCUCAAAUGCCAUGUCCUGGACAAUGUUCAAUCGUGCAUUGCAGUGGUACUACGAGGAUAUAGCCCAUUUAAAUGGAUCAGUCACGAAGCGAGGCUCACUCAUAAUGAAUGCCAUGGAGGUGAGGAAUGCCUGGGCGGGGCGAAAAUACGGGAGCGGCAGAGAGCCACGGCUGGAGAACUUACUCUCACAGUUCAGUCACUGGAAAGCAACCGUUCUAGUAGACAAAGUCAACGCUUUGCUUGGCAUGUCACGAGAACAUGCCACUCCUGAGUUGCAACCGGACUACACAAAGUCGGUCUAUCAAACGUACACUGCGGUGGUAAAAUAUCUGAUACGUCGUGACAAGCGGUUAUGCAUUCUCGGUUUGGUUCAGAACCCACCCAUGUAUCAGGGAGAAGCCCCCGACUAUAAACCACUACCCUCGUGGGUGCCUGACUGGACAGCAAACCAAGGGUAUCUGAAUAGGCUUUCCGAACCUUUUCGACCGGAAGGUGAUGCACAGAUGAUGGUUACCACAACUGGCGACAUCCUUAUUCCUGGUGGCCUUUACAUGCCUGAGUCUUUCUAUGGCGCCUGGCACCAAGGAGGCAGCGUGAGAGAGGAAAUGAACUUUAGAGCCUCCUUGGACGUACCGGCAGAGUACUAUUUUCCUACAGCUUCUCAAGAUCGGGACGUUUUCGACGCGGGUUACUUCCGCGUGCAAGGACCUGAAUUUGACCCUGAAGGGCUCAUGAGCCUGAAAGGUAUCAAAGUGGAUACUGUUCACUCAGUCACGACCCCCAUGUUCCGUGUGGUGGAAGACUUUGAGGAUCUGACCUUUUUCUUGAAGUGGGAAAAGUUUGCCAUCCUGCAAAUGCCCCCCGCUGUAGAUUGUCCCUAUGGGGGAACGUUCGAGGGCAGACUAGAUGCCUUCUGGCGAACCAUCACUACCAAUCGCAUACAUACAGAACGGGCUUACCUCAAGGCAAACCCAAUUUGUCGCCAGAUCUUUGAGCAAUGGAGAGCCAAACUGGUCGAGAACACGAACCGCGCAAAUGGGCACCAACCGGAGAACUUUGAAACAGAGGACAAUCAAGAUCCUUCCGCUAAUUAUAGGCUUUUGCUCAGCGUUAUGGCCAAAAUGGAUAUCUCAGGGGAUUCGCCACCAGGCGAGGACGAGCUGCUUCGCGACUACGAGAAAUGGAAGCAGAAUAUCGCGCAGCUAGUAGCAUCGUCCAAUGUAAUAGAGCCCCCGCCCUCAGACAUUCAGGAGUUUACUCUACCAAAUUUGGAGAGGACUCUAUCCUUGUGGUGCUUUGCCCGAAAGCUAGCGCGUCUUGCCUCCGGCCGACUAGCUUUGGUCCCCGAACAUACCAGACCUGGCGACCAGGUCUUUGUUCUCUACGGAGGAAGCGUGCCAUACGUUGUUCGCCCCCUUCCAGGCCGUGGCAAGACCAAAGGCUACUACGUCGACGAGCACGGUGAGCGCGGUCCGGCCGGAGCCACCUACCAAGUCAUCACGCCAAUGCAUCAAUUUGUGGGAGAGGCAUAUGUCCAUGGCAUUAUGGAUGGCGAAGCGCUGGAGUAUCCAUCCAUUCACCGGCUUAAGCGAGUCCGGGAGGUCAAACUUAGUACCGCUCAAGACAAAGGUACGCCGGAGUCUGAAGCUGCUGGCACGUUUACUGUGCUCAAAGAGGUUUUUGACCCUCUAACGCCGGAGCAAGAAGAAAUGGUUACAGUAUGGCGAGAGUGGUUACGAUCGAAAAAGGAGCAAGAUGUUUGGUUCGACCAUACAACUUCUGCUAUGUUAUAGCAUUUAUACCUAUAUGACCAUUUAAAGACCUUGGCC